AUAGAUAGGUGCGCGCCCUCUUCGUUAAUUAAAUUAUAGGAGUUUGAGAAAGUCGAGACGAAAACAGAGACUUGUAAGACGUAUUUUCUUGAUUGUGAACGGUAAUUGAAAUGAUCAAAUCCAUGAAACAUCAUCAAUAAAUCGACACAAGUGUAUGUGCACUGCUCUUCUUAGCUUGUUCACGUGAAUCUGAAGAAACAACGAGUAAGAUGUCGAUACCUCGACCUGCCGCAAAUCCGGAAGUUGGCAGCGGGGGAUCUACGGGUCUCGGUCCAUCAGGAACGCCAGCGGUAACCGGGACUGGGACGUCGGCGAACCCCAAAAGUACCGACCAGAACCAGAGACUAUUUUCCUUGAAGAAAUGGAACAUUGUGGCGAUGUGGAGUUGGGAUGUGGAAUGCGAUACUUGUGCAAUUUGCAGGGUUCAAGUCAUGGAUGCCUGCCUAAGAUGUCAAACAGAAAACAAACAAGAAGAGUGUGUCGUUGUGUGGGGCGAGUGCAAUCAUUCCUUCCAUAACUGCUGCAUGUCGCUUUGGGUCAAGCAGAACAACCGCUGCCCUCUAUGUCAGCAGGAGUGGAUGGUUCAACGCAUAGGAAAGUGAGGCAACCACACCCUUCGUCUGUUCGAUCAAUACUGCCCUCACUGGGGGUUUAAGGCACAUGACAGUGAUCACCAAACUUGUGACUUUGAUGUUAAAUCUUGUAAGGAUGUUCAGUGUUCACAACUCCACAAUGUCUUGUGACUGUGAUUUUGGACAUUGUGCUUCCAGAGUUCCAGGACAUGUUAAAUUCAUCGGGCAUCUGAAGAGGGUUGCUCAGUGUUUGAUCAGAACUGUGGACUGAUGGACAUAAACAUGUCCUAAACUUCAGAUAAUGAUAAUAAUUGAUAUUUGUGUAGCACCUUUCACAAGAUAUAACACAUACAUGUACACCAUCACAGGAGGGAGUUUCACAAAGAGUUAUCUGUCACUUAAAGUCAUACUAAUGUGCCGCAUUUACAUAAUAUUUAACGCAUGAUCUCCUUGAUGAAAUUUGAAAAUUACUUGACAGGGACGGUAUCCAUCGAGUACAGUGGGUAGUUAGAUAUGAGGAUAUGGAAUAACUUGGGCUUUGAAAUUUCAGUUGAAUCAAUCCAAUAUUGAUGAAGAUUUUAGAAGAGGUUUGACAAUAUAGAGAGGUACAGCAGUAUGAUUCAGAUUCAGAAUAUAUAUGUGUAGUAAUUGUAAACAGGCUUUGACAGGUUUCCAAUCAAAGCAGAUUUGUUUCAACAAGUCUGGUCACUCAGAUUAUAUUCAGUAAUCCACUUGAUGAUUUCACAUAAGGUGUUGGGUGCUUAUAGAUUCAUUUAGACAAAUCUAGUCACUCUGGUUAUAACUAUUCACAAUUUUAAUCCACUUGAUAAUUUCAGGUACUAGUUUGGUGUUACAUAUACACAGAUGAGGCCAAAAGUUUACAUACACCCAUGGAUUUCAGUGAAAUUUGUUAGCCUGCCAAACAUCGUAAAAUUUACUAUAUCUUCAGAAAUAUAAAUACUUCAAUGACAAAUUUGGUGUUAAAUGGAAGAGUAUAUUAAGCUCUUUCACAUGAUUGGGAUGAAACUGGGAUUAAAGUAUAUUUCAGGUGGAAUUUUCUUUGAAAAAAAAAGUAAUAUUAGUGCCAAAUGUAUUCUAUUGUUUAUUAUAUUUUCAAACAUCGUUUCACAGAAAUAUUAAUAUCUAUGAUUUAUAUCAUGAUAUGUCACCACUGAACAAAAAAGUGGAAUCUGAAAUGUUUGUGUUGAGAAGUAACUAGCACAAAUAUGAAAUGUUUUUGUCAAGUUUUUAUUUUUGAUUUGUCUAAAAUAUGAAGAGUUUUGGGGAAAAGAUGACACCUAAAUAUUUUUCAGCUCCUGAUAUAAAAAGCAAUGUGAUGAAGGGGCAUGACAUAGUCAUUUAUUUGAUAUCGAUUUCGUCAUGAUAGCACAAUUUUAUAAGGUACAGUAAAUUUUAUGAUAUUUGGCAAGUGUCAACUUUUUUUUUUCUGGAUGUAUGUAAACUUCUGGCCUCAACUGUAGGUGGUGUCAAAAAUAAAUUCAUGCGAACAACCUA